AUGAUAAAUACGGUUGCGUUAAGCUUACUGUGGCUAGUUUAUUUUAGCCCUCUCGCCAAAUUUCCGGGACCUACCAUGGCGAGUCUAACAACAUGUUACAUGGCCUACUAUGACCUCUUCUACGACGGCUAUUUUUUCAAAAAGGUUCAGGAUCUUCAUCACCAAUAUGGGCCCAUAGUUCGCAUCAAUCCAAACGAAGUACACAUCAGCGACCCCGAGUUUAUUAAAGUCCUUUUCACUGGCAAUGUCCAGAAGAGAGACAAGGGCAAGUGGAUUGGACGAAUGCUUGGCCCUACCUGUGACAUCAUAACCGAGUAUGCCUUCGGGACGUCGACCAACUUUCUACAUCGAGACGAUUUAAACGUGGCGUUUUACAAGUCCCUCGAUGCCAACUUUCACAAUGCGUGGUACAUGGCCUACUUUCCAUGGGUGAGCCCCAUGCUACAAAGUGUGCCGCCAUCUAUUAUGGGGAUUGUAUACCCCGGACUGAAGUCGUUGUGGUUAAUGCAUCGGCAAUGGGCGAAGCGUAUUGAAGAAAUUCGAAAGGAAGUUAACACACACAGUGAUCCAGAUGCCAGCGUUUUCCACGGCAUACUCACCAGCAAUCUCCCACCACAAGAGAAGUCUACGUGGAGGCUGCAACAGGAAGCACAAGUAAUUGUUCAAGCGGGACAAGACACGACUGCCAACUCUGUUGCAUUCAUAACAUAUAUCUUGCUUGACAAUCCGGAUAUCUGUCACAAGCUUAAGGCAGAGCUGGAGGGCGCACUUCCGGACCCUGAUCAGGACCCUCCUGCCGCGGUGGUCGAGAAUCUGCCGUAUCUCAAGGCCAUUAUUCAAGAAACACUCCGACUAUAUCCCUCUGCCGUUGUGCGGCAGACCCGUGUGGCACCGGAUACGGAUAUUGUAUAUGCCAAUCCUAAUACGGGCGAAAAAUGGGUCAUCCCAGCUGGAGUUCCCAUGACAAUGGCCCCAUUGCCAGUUCAUAUGAAUCAGCAGUACUUCCCGGAACCAAAAAAGUUUAAUCCCAACCGUUGGCUAGAGAAUCCCUUCCUGGAUCAAUAUUUAUUGACGUUCUCAAAAGGGACGAGGGCAUGUAUCGGGAUCGAUCUUGCAUACAAGGAGUUGUUUAUGCUCGUGGCCGGAAUAUUCCGUAAGUACGACAGGUACGAUGGAUCCGGGAGACAGAAAGUCCCGACUCUUGAGCUAUAUGAUACGAUAUCUGAGCGCGAUGUUGAACCGAGUCGAGACUUUAUCAUCUCUUUUCCUCAAAAGAAGAGCAAGGGAGUUAGGGUCAAGGUUAGACAGUGA